AAUUAAGUUAUGGAUGAAUUAAAUUAUAAUUUAUUCGUUAAAUGGUAAAGGUUUAAUACAUUCUGCUCGGAUUUGAGAGCCAACCUAAUUGGGCUCGCUCGGUGUAUAACACUAAAGCCUUUUGAGCCUUCUCUUAGGUCGCACCUAUGACAAAAAAAAAAAGACAAAAAAACAAGGUUCGGAAAUUUAAAAUCAGGUUCGGGAAUUGGUAUCAUCCGUUCGGCAAUUCAGCUUCGGAAAGCCGUUAAGAGUUCGAACCUCCGCUUCUCCUCUUCUUUGCCUUUGCUUUCUUCUCUCUUCAGCCCUUUUUCUUUAUCAUUUUUGUUUCCCCUUCACUUACCUCCUCUCUCACAUUUUCUUUGAAUCAAAUCUUCAUUACACAUUCCAAUCCUUCCUCUCAAAUCUUCAUUACACAUUCCAAUCUAACUUCAGCAUUUUCUUGCGGCUUCAAUUUGAAUUAUAAGUAGUCCGACUCUUUACCCUUCUUGUAUCCCUUCUUGUUUUAAGAACCUUUUGUCUCAGAUUUUUUGCAAACCCUGAAAAGCAAAGCCCUUUUGAACCCGAAUUCCUCUCUUUACUUUUUUUUUUUCUCCAUUUUCGUUUCUGGAUAACCUUCACUUUUGCAGAACUAUAGAUUCUUGAAUUGUACGGGUUAGAUAAUGAUGAAAGGUGAAAGAAUGGCGAAGAGAUCAUCGUUUGGAAGCAUAGUAAGGAAAAGGCUCUCUGACAUUACCAAUUCUCAGCCGCAAAUCAAAUUGGUUAGCCUCGAGGAAAAGCAGCCUUCCAUUCCCAACUCCACAGGGGACUUGAUUAAUCAGCUUCUUAAGGAAAAAGCGACACUAAUGCUGCUUAUUGAGGAGAGAGAUAAAAUUGUAGCAUUGAGUGAUAACCAACUGAGGAAUCUGAGAAUGCAUUAUCAGAAACUACAGCUGCAGAAUUGGAAUCUUGCUCAGUCAAACAGCCAGAUGUUAGCAGAGCUUAAUUUAGGAAGAGAAAAGCUGAAGUCACUUCAACAUGAACUUUUAUGCAAGGAUGCCUUGCUUAAAGCAAAGAAUUUAGAGCAAGAGGGAAAAGCAGAUAUUAAAUAUCAAAACACUGGCUCCCAGGAAGUGGAAGCUAAUAACAAUACAAAGCCUGGCAAUAGCAUCAGUAGGCGAGCAGCAAGAAGUCAAUCUAUGGGCCCUUCUACUACUUCUAGACAAGGCCAGGAAAAAGAGAUGCUUGAAAACAAAAGGCGUUGUUUGAGAAGGCAAUCUGCUAGGUUCAAAUCCCAGGAACGAGAACUGCCCAUGGAGAACUUGUUUGAGAUUGAAGAUGCAAAAUUUCCAAUCCCUCAUCAGCCACUUGAUAAUCCAAUGCAGGAAGAUGGUCUAACAACUCUGUCUGGUUCUUCUGUUGUAAAGGAAGAAAAUUUUGGCUCAGAAAAUGAAGCACAAGUAGCAGCAAGGUCUUCACUGGGCAGACCAGUUCGCAGAGCAGUGGAGAAGGUGCAAUCCUACAAAGAAGUUCCCCUUAAUACCAAAAUGCGCAGGGAAGAAUGAUCAGGAUUUACCAUUGGGUAGAACAACAAUCAUAAAGAAUUGGUUUCCACAUUAGUCAUUGUGUUUUCUCCUCAGUAUUUAACAAACUGGUGAGUGCGGUUGUGUCAUUGUAGGUGAACAACUAAUUGUUCUAAAUUGUAAAAGGGUUUCUUUUUUCAAUGAUCAUCUAUUGGUUUUUCAUAA